CCCCCGUGCGCACAUUCUGCGGCUCCUACGAAUCUCUGUGCGUUUCUUCGCAGUGCAGCUCCUCUCAACCUCAACUUGGCCAUGGCUUCCACUGGUCUGCAAAUCCUGGGGAUUGUCCUGACACUGCUUGGCUGGGUAAAUGCUCUGGUGUCGUGUGCCCUGCCCCUGUGGAAGGUGACCGCCUUCAUCGGCAACAGCAUCGUGGUGGCCCAGGUGGUGUGGGAGGGUCUGUGGAUGUCCUGCGUGGUGCAGAGCACCGGCCAGAUGCAGUGCAAGGUCUACGACUCCCUGCUGGCGCUGCCCCAGGACCUGCAGGCUGCUCGCGCUCUCUGCGUCGUUGCCCUCCUUGUGGCCCUGCUCGGGCUGCUGGUCUACCUCGCAGGAGCCAAGUGUACCACCUGCGUGGAGGACAAGGACUCCAAGGCCCGUCUGGUGCUAGUCUCUGGGAUCAUCUUUGUCAUCUCAGGGGUCCUGAUCCUGAUCCCCAUAUGCUGGACGGCUCACGCCAUCAUCCGGGACUUCUACAACCCCCUGGUGUCAGACGCCCAAAAGCGGGAGCUGGGGGCCUCUCUCUACUUGGGCUGGGCAGCCUCCGGCCUUUUGUUGCUGGGCGGGGGGCUGCUGUGCUGCACCUGUCCCUCUGGGGGGUCCCGGGGCCCAAACCAUUACAUGGCCCGCUACUCGGCAUCAGCCGCACACGCCACCUCUCAGGGUGCCCCUGAGUACCCCACUAAGAAUUACGUCUAAUUCUGGUAGGGGAGUGGAGGCUCCCUCAGCAACCUGCUGGGCUGGAGACACGGAGACGGUGCCGGUGCCACACACAGUUUGGGGAUUGUUCUUCUUUUCCGCUCUUGUGGGGACGGGUAUUUUAAAAAUUCACUUGAUAACCUAACCAAGGAACCCAGGUCUCUCCUGGGCUCUGCUGUUGGUAUUUCUUGCCUUUGGAUGAUGGCACCAAGGAGGAGAUGCUUUGGUUUCUGGAUCUUUCUCCACCCUGGGCAUCCCUUUCUUGGAGGCCAGCUGAAGCUGUGGGCCAGCAUAGCUGUCCGGGGGCUCUCAGCCUGUACUGGAGUCCCUCCUCACUGGUCCAGCCUCUGGAACCCCUGGGGGCUCUCAGGCCUCACGGACACCAAAGAACUGCCCACCUCCCAGGUCUCAGCUGUGCUCCGGAUGCUCCACCCCCCGCCACCCUGAUCCUCUCACCUUCAACCCUGCACACUUCUGCCACGCCCCCCACCAACACACUCACCAGUUUUUGCUAAAUAAAGCAUGUCUUAUUUUG